GGAUAACCGAGCAUAACCUUACCAUCAUCAGUUGAGCUUAAGUUUAAUUAUAGAUGUUUUCAAUUCAAUUUCUAACUGCUGAAUAAUUUGUUUUGGUUGUUAAUUUAGAAUGGUAGAUAAUGCAUAUAUAUUGGAUAAUGGAGGUUAUAGCAUUAAAGUUGAGCAUUCACGUGCCAAAGAACCAAAGAUUAUUCCUAAUUGUAUAAUGAAGGCUAAAAGUGAAAGGAGAAGACUGUUUGUUGGAGAUCAAGUUGAAGAAUGUAGGGAUGCUUCUGGUUUAUUUUACCUUUUACCUUUUCAAAAGGGCUUAUUAAUUAAUUGGGAUUAUCAGAAGACUGUUUGGGAUUAUGUUUUCAGUAAAGAGUGUUGUCCAUCUAAUUUUUCCGAGACUCCAGUUAUUAUAACUGAGCCUUAUUUUAAUUUUGCCAGUAUUCAGGAAGCUACUGCAGAGAUAUUUUUUGAAGAAUAUGAAUGCCAAUCAUUUCUCAGGAUGAAUGCUGGUAGUCUUUCUGAGUACCACUACCGCCAUGAGAAUCCAAAUGCACUUUGUUGUCUGGUAAUCGAUAGUGGUUAUAGUUUUACACAUAUAGCUCCUUAUAUUAAAGGAAAGAAACAAAAAAAUGAAAUAAAAAGAAUUAAUGUUGGAGGAAAAAUAUUAACUAACCAUUUAAAAGAAAUCAUAUCAUAUAGGCAACUUCAUGUUAUGGAAGAAACAUACGUAAUGAAUCAAGUUAAAGAAGAUACAUGUUUUGUUUCUGUUGAUUACAUGGCAGAUAUGGCUACGGCGAGAAAAAAGUAUCCUGGAAAUGAUAUUGUUAGGGACUAUAUUUUACCGGAUUUCACAAAUCUUCGUCGUGGUUAUGCUCAAACAUUAGACCAACCCCCAGUUACUGAACAACAAAAGUUACGGUUGAAUAACGAAAGGUUUGCCGUUCCAGAAUUACUGUUCACUCCUUCUGAUAUUGGAAUAAAUGAAAUGGGCAUUGCUGAAGCAGUCAUUGAUAGUGUUCAAGCGUGUCCUGAAGAAGCUCGCUCUCAUCUUUAUAAGAACAUCAUCCUGACUGGAGGGUGUGCAUUGUUCCCAGGAUUUAAGGAGCGAUUGUAUAAAGAUGUUAGGGCUUCUGCUCCAGAUGAAUAUGAAGUGCAUAUUACACUCCCUCCAAACCCUAUCACGUAUGCUUGGCAUGGAGGAAAACUUAUUAGUAAAGAUCCUGAGUUCUACUCAUUUGUUGUAACGAAAGAGGAGUAUGAAGAAGAGGGCUCUCCAAUAUUGAUGGAAAGAUUUGAUAAUUAAAUUAAAAUUAAAAUUAUUAAAAUGAUAAUAAUCAAAAACAUCUCAUGAGGGACUUAGUUAUUUGAAGACUAACUGUUCUCAAGGAAUAAAUUUUAUGUUUGUAUUUUAACAAACGAAUGUUUUCUCAGGAAUUUUUUUUAUUUUAUGUAAUAAGAAAACACUUUUUUUUAUGUACAAGAAUAAAUUUUGAUUUUUAAUAUA